CAUCUACAGAAUGGCGGCAAAGAUAAACCAAAACACUAUUUUGUGUUUAUUUAUUUUACUGACUGCCGCAGUGAUUGUCAUAAACUCAGCAAGACUGAGUGACCCUAAGAUUCUACUGCCAUACCAUAGCUCUGUCAUCACAAAUUUCACUUUGAAAAUCAAUUUAUCGAGAGAAGAAGCUAGACUUCCAGACAGUUGUUACACAUGGCAGUCCACUCAGCAGGAAGUGGCCAUGAUUCAGCUGGUUAACAGUACGGAUGGAGAGUGCGCGUUCUCGGCCGUCAUUUCCGCAGUGUCUAAGUCACCCUACAGGAAAACCUCCAUGGUGCUCGCUGAAAAUAAAGUAACUGGAGAAGUACUUCGUUGCAUUGUGAUUGUGGAGGCGAUAUCGCGAUUUGAGAUCGAGACCACCACACGAUUAUUGUAUCUAGAAGACUCGCCAGAGGAGCUCAUAAUUAAAGGAUAUGAUGAAGAAGGAAAUGUGUUUUCUAGUUUGGCUGGAUUGGAGUUUGAGUGGAGUUUACUCCCCGACACAAGUACCCAGCGGGAGGAGAUGGUGGAAAUCCUCAGAAUCACCAAGUUUACUGAGUCUCACUAUGUGAUGCCUAAUCACAUACAGCAGCUGGAGGCCAAGGGUCUACAGGGAGAUCUGAUCCUGGUGGAGGGGAUGAGGACUGGGAGCGCACUCGUUAAAGCUCGCAUCAGGGACGGGGCAUACAAGGACGUAAAAUCACCAGUUGUGAAGUUAGUAGUGGUGGCCAACUUAAUCAUCAGUCCUGCAGAGGCUUACAUCUUAAAACACGCCACGAUAAAAUAUGCAGUAAAGCUGAUCAAACAGAGCUCAAUGAUAGAAAUCUCGCUGCCUUCCUCCCAGUUCUUCCUGGAGGUACAGGAUGACGGUGUUUGUAACUUAGACGCGAAAACCUCCAUAGCAACAGGACAGGAAAUCGGCUCCACGGAGAUCGUGCUGACAGACAGAAAUCUUAAGCAGGAUGCCCUUGUUAAACCAAGUGCCAUGUUGUACGUUGUGGCCCCUAGCUACCUCGGGUUUGUGGUCCUGCCGGACAAGAAGUGGGUCCUGGAGACUGAGAAAGAGUACACCAUUGUCAUUGAGCUGUAUGAUAAAAACAGUCACAAAAUCUACCCAUCUGAUAAUGUUAUACUGAGGGCCUUGUUUCCUAAAGAAUACUUUGAUGUGAGAUUCUCCACUAAGAACGGGACUUAUCACCACGUGUACACACUGAAGCCAGGGAAAACCAGCAUUGAAGGAGUCUUGAAAGCCAUUGUACAAGAGGACGGUACAGAGAUAGAAGUUAACCCUACUGUAAAAGGCUCCCGUUCAGUGGAGAUUUUUGACCCAAUUCGAGUGAGACCUGAGACCCUCUACUUUCCCUGGGACCCCCACUCACCCACAAGUCACCAGUACAGAUUACAGGUAAAGGGAGGAAGUGGGGAGUAUGUGUGGAGCUCUUCUAACGUGGAGACCACCACCGUCAGCGUCAGAGGGGAGAUAACAACCGGAAAACGGGGAGAGGCCACCAUCACAGCCGCUGACGCCAAGAACAGGGUUCACACAGGGACAGCCAAGGUGUAUGUAUUGCCCCCAGAAGACAUGAAGUUUGUCCCGAAGCAUGUGGAGGCCGAGGUGGGGUCAGAGCUAAGAUAUGCCCCUCUCUGU